AUGUCAUACAAUCCACUAAGCAACGAUUCUCAAGAUCCCUUUUCUGACCAAAACAUAUUAUCCAUUGAGCAACCAGCUGCUAUUCAUGCCACAGAACUGUUGAUAUCAACGCAGCAGCAGCAACAACAGAGCCAAGACUCCAACAUGAAUGAUGAUUUAAAAGCCAACGGUGGUAAAAAUUUCAAUCAUAAUGAGUUUGCCAGUAGUCUGCUGGAACAUGCAGAAGAAGAAGAAGAGGAAGAUGAUGAAGAUUACGAUAGAUUUGACCCUAUACAAUUCAAGCACUCUGGAGAUGGCCAAGACGAUUAUGACGACGACGACUUGGAGCGCAGUUCAACUGAUUCGUUUACUGACGCAUUUGGUAAUCAUUACGCUAUAGAUUUUAACAAUAAGGCGUAUACGCUGAAACUUAGAUUUAAAGGAAACACAUUGGUUUACUUCACGUCGGCGUUUGUCAGUUUAUUUGUCAGUUUAUUUGGUUACGAACAAGGUGUAUGCAGUGGUAUAUUAGCCUUUGACACGUUUAAUGGGUUUUUCCAUUCACCAGGUCCGGCAAUGAUUGGAUUUGUGAUUUCGAUAUUGGAAAUCGGGGCCAUGGUGAGUUCGAUAUUAGUUGCCAAGAUAUCUGAUACUUUUGGCAGGAAAAGAACCAUUUUAUUGGGUACUUUUGUGUUUAUGAUUGGUGGUACCUUGCAAACAUUUUGUCCCAACAUGUUUGUGUUUGCCUUGGGAAGAGUGUUUAGUGGAAUUGGGGUGGGGAUUCUUUCAACUAUAGUGCCCUCAUAUCAAUGUGAAAUUAGUCCUAGUGAAGAACGAGGUAAGUUGGUCUGUGGCGAGUUUACGGGGAAUAUAACGGGGUAUGCUCUUAGUGUUUGGGUUGAUUAUUUCUGUUAUUUCAUUCAAAACAUUGGUGAUACUAGAUCCAAGCCGCAUUCAUUCUUGGCUCAUUUGAGUUGGCGAUUGCCUUUAUUUAUCCAAGUUGCCAUUGCAUUUGUCUUGUUUAUCGGUGGGUUCUUCAUUGUUGAAAGUCCUCGUUGGUUGUUGGAUAAUGAUAUGGACCAACAAGGAUUCAAUGUCCUUAGUUUAUUGUAUGACUCGCAUAAAUUGUCAACUAAACCCAAAAGUGAAUUUUUCAUGAUUAAAAAUUCCAUCUUGCAUGAACGGAAAACGACUCCUAAAUCAGAACGUACUUGGAGACAUUUAUUAAAACAUUAUAAAAAGAGAGUGUUUGUUGCUUGUUCUUCAUUGAUUUUUGCGCAAUUGAAUGGAAUCAAUAUCAUUUCCUAUUAUGCACCACUGGUAUUUCAAGAAGCUGGCUUUGACGAUGCUGGUGCAUUAUUAAUGACGGGGGUCAAUGGUAUCAUAUACUUAUUAUCAACAAUCCCACCCUGGUUUUUGGUGGAUCGAUGGGGAAGACGGCCUAUUUUGGUUAGUAGUGGGUUGGCAAUGGGAAUUUGCUUGAUUUUGGUGUCGGUGUUUAUGCUCCUCAACCGAUCCUAUACUCCAUCGGUGGUGGCAGUGCUUGUCAUUAUUUACAAUGCGUCAUUUGGAUUUGGAUUUGGACCUAUCCCAUUCUUAUUAUCAGGUGAAUCAUACCCCCUUUCGGUUCGAUCAAAGGGGGUAUCACUUGCCGUUGCCUGUAAUUGGCUCAGCAAUUUCAUUGUCGGCUUAUUUGCUCCCAUAAUGCGCCACAAUAUCAAAUGGGCCAUGUACUUAUUUCCUGCUGGUUCAUGUUUUAUAAGUAUUGUCUGUGUCAUUUUGUUUUAUCCUGAAACCAAGGGCAUUGAAUUGGAACAAAUUGAUGAAAUAUUUGAUGAGUUUUAUUCAAUCAAUCCCUUCAAACGUGUUGUCGGUAGUUUUGAUAUGAUUUUGAGAAAGAGGAAGAGAAUUAGAGAUAAACAGAGUAGACGAUUGCAUGCAAAGUAUAAUCGAUUGAGCGAUGGGCAACAGCAGUCACAACUGCACCGUCGAUCAAGGGACUUUGGUGGCGCAGAUGAUGAUACGUUUGAAUUACAAGCCUUGAAUGAAAUGGACUAUGAGAACCCAGAUCUAUAG